AUGCUUCUACAACAGAACUGGGUUUCUCCUCACUGGGCAUGGCAAGGCCUGGGGAAGUCCUUCCUUUUGUUUGUAUUCUUGCUGUUACAAGCAGCUCAUCUGGAAGCCAGGAAAGAUCAUUUUGUCUGGAAAACAGGUCCCUGGGGCCGCUGCGUGGGUGACUGCGGCUCGGGCGGCGUUCGGAGCCGGGCCGCGUGGUGCGUCCACGCCGAAGGCUGGGCGGCGCGGCACGCCAGCUGCGAGCCGGAGGACAGGCCCCAGACCCAGCGCAGGUGCUUUCGGGUGUGCGACUGGCACCUCGAGCUGUUCGCCUGGGAGGUCUCCGAGUGGGACGGCUGCGCGCUGGUGCCCGCGGCUCGCGGGGAGGCCGGGGCCCGGCCCUCGGCUUGCGUCACCGCCCAGCACGGGCUGCAGCGCAGGAGCGUCCGCUGCGUUCAGAAGCUGAACAGGACGCUCGUCGCCGACGAAAUCUGUGAGUACUUCGCGCCGCGGCCGCCGGCAGAGCAGGCGUGCCUGAGACCGUGUCCCCGGGACUGCGUCGUGUCGGAGUUCUCCGCCUGGUCCGAGUGCAGCGGGCGCUGCGCGAACGGCUUGCAGCACCGGACUCGCGCCGUCCUCUCUGCCCCGCUCUAUGGGGGCUCGCAGUGCCCCAAUCUCACCGAAUCGAGGAGCUGCGCCCCCGCGCCGUGCGCCCGCGGGGAAGAGGGCUACACCUACAGCCUCGGAGCCGGGGCGUGGGGCGAGUGCGGACCGCCCCACCGCGGAGAAGUCGGCCCCGUCGGAAGAGCGAUGCUGGACUCCGGCUCGGAGGCUGCGGCGCGCGGUGCGGCCCCUCUUCGAGGUUAUAAAGCACACCUCCGCUCCAGCGCGGGGGACGUGGAGAUCGGGUACCAGACCAGGCGGCUCCGGUGCGUCAGGAGCGAUGGGAAGAACGCUGCGUUGAGCCUUUGUGCGCAAGAAACCAUCCCUGUGACCUUAAGGUCGUGUGUCGUCGCGAAGGACUGCGAGACGUCUGCGUGGUCUGCGUGGAGUCCCUGCUCGAGGACCUGUCGUGCGGGAGACCUCUCCCCGGGUUUCCGGAGCAGGCACCGCAGCGUGAAGAGCAUUGCCCUGGGGGCCGGCAAGGGCUGCCCCGAGCUGGAAGAGAAGGAAGCGUGCAGCGUAGGAGAACAACUGCAGCCUUGCCCCAGGUUUUCAUGGAGGACUUCUGAGUGGAAAACUUGCCAAGUGUCUCUCCUCCUUGACCAGCAGGACCCUCGACACCACAAGCAUGUAGCCCUUUGUGGAGGUGGCAUACAGAUGCGGGAGGUAUACUGUGUCCAGAUCAGCCUAGAAUUUGGGAUGCACAAACUGAAGGAAGUCACUAGACCUGUUGAUGGGAAGCUGUGCCCGGGCCCUGUCCCCGCUGCCUCCCAGCUCUGCAGCGUCCCGUGUCCCUCGGAGUGCGCCGUUUCCUCCUGGUCGGCGUGGGGCCCCUGCGCUCCCGAAAACUGCCAGGAUCGCCAGGGAAGACGAGGCUUUAGAAUGAGACGUAGACAUGUGAUCGCAGAUUCUGUGGGCACUCUGGCAGAUUGUCCGCAUUUAACUGAAUCUAUUCCUUGUGAAGACCCAGUGUGUUACGAGUGGGUCAUUUCAGAAGGAAUGUGUGUGACUGACCAUGGAAAAUGCGGGCUUGGAAGCCGCAUCCUGAAAGCUGUAUGCAAGGACAAUAAAGGUGAAGAAGUACCGCAAAACCUUUGCUCAAAACUUCUCCGUCCUGAAAUAGUGGCUUGUGAAGUACCUUGUGCCGCAGACUGCAUCGUCAGCGAAUGGUCGCAGUGGUCUCCGUGUUCCCAGUCGUGUUCCAGUAAAAAUGCUGAGGGGAAUCAAAGCAGAAGUAGGUCGAUCUUGGCCCUUCCUGCAGAGGGUGGAAAAGCCUGUCCCCCUGCCCGAGCCCUGCAGGAGCACCGUUUAUGUAAUGAGCAUCCUUGUAUGCCUGUCUUCUGGGAAACAUCUCCCUGGAGCGCCUGCUCCGAAGGGGUGCUGGAACCCACGCUCAACACCACUGUACCCUGGAGCCACGAAGCUACCUGCGGAGUGGGCGUUCAGACGAGGAGGGUCUUCUGCACCAAGAGUGGUUCUGGCCAGGUUACAACCAAAAGAUGUCCAGAUUCCAUUAGACCUGAAACGGUGCGACCAUGUCUUCUGCUCUGCAAGAAAGAUUGUGUUGUUACGCCUUUCAGUGAGUGGACUCGCUGUCCGACAACAUGUCAACCUGGCAAUGCCACAGCAAUAAAGCAGUCUCGAUACAGGAUAAUCGUUCAGAACGCUGCCAAUGGGGGACAAGCCUGCCCAGACACCUUGUAUGAAGAAAGGGAAUGUGAAGAUAUUCCCAUCUGUCCAGUGUAUAGGUGGAAGACCCAUCGCUGGAGUCACUGUGUAUUGGUGCCGGAUUCAGUGAGACAGGGUAUACUGGGACAUAGUGAGGCCUGUGGACACGGUUUACAAUCAAGAGCUGUUACAUGCCUCUCGGAGAACAACGAUUCUGCAGAUGUCACUGAAUGCAUGAAGUGGACAGGACCUAUGCCUUCUCUUGUACAAGAGUGUGUCGUUCCCUGCAAAGAUGACUGCACGUUUACCCCUUGGUCUAAAUUUACAGCAUGCUCUUCUGACUGUGAAUCAACAAAAACUAGAAGACGUUCACUCACAGGGAGAAGCAGAAAGCGAGACAAAUGCCAGAAUACAGAAGUUUAUCCUCAAGUUGAAACCGAGCUGUGCCCCUGUGAGAUGUUUACAUCCGAGCCCCAUGGAAAUUGGUCAGAUUGUAUUAUUGAAGGAAGUAAACCAGAGCUGCAAUUAGGAAUGAGACUACAUGGAGACACCAAAGAAUGUGGAGAAGGUGUUCGACUCCGAGCUAUCGCCUGUUACGAUAAGACUGGCAGGCUUGUGGAACCAUCUUACUGUAGCAGUUCUGGUUACAUUGAAGAAUCUUGCACGGUUCCUUGUCCCUUUGAUUGCAAGUUGAGUGAUUGGUCUAGCUGGGCCCCUUGCAGCUCGUCCUGUGGAACAGGAGUGAGGAUCCGCUCGCGGUGGCUCAAGGAGAAGCCGUACAAUGGAGGUCGUCCCUGCCCAAAACUGGACCUCAGGAAUCAGGCUCAGGUGCAUGAGGCAGUCCCAUGUUACAGCGAGUGCAAUCAGUAUGCUUGGGUAGUAGAAGCGUGGUCUCCGUGCAAAAUCAACAGCGAACAAAAUUCCCUCCACUGUGGAGAAGGAAUACAAACAAGAAAAGUCAGGUGUGUAAACACUGCUGAGGAACAUGAAGGAGAGACUGUACCCAGCGCCCUGUGCAACCAGUCUGAAAUCCCAGAGGAAAUUCAGAAGUGUAGCUUGUAUUGCCCCAGCGAGUGUGCGGUGUCUGACUGGGGACAGUGGAGCAAGUGCCCACAGGUGUGUGACCCGACCGUCAUGCAGUUACGAAUGCGACAAGUGCUACGGUCUUCGGUCACUACGAAGCCCUGCCCUGAAGGCUCGCAAAUGAGGCCGUGUAUCCUGAACCAAAAUUGCUUCCAAUAUCAGUAUAACCUAACCGAGUGGAGCACGUGCCAGCUCGGCGCGGACGCGAGCUGCGGGCGCGGAGUUCGCAGGCGCCUUCUGAGCUGCGUGCGCAGCGACGGCAAACCGGUGCACCCGCGCCGCUGCGAGCAGCUCAAGUUGGAGAGGCCCGCCGAGACGAGCGCCGAGUGCCUCGUGGGAUGCGCGGUGGACUGCCGGCUCUCGGCGUGGUCCGCCUGGUCCGAGUGCUCGCACACCUGCGGCGCCGGCGGCCAAGCGGUCCGAUCGCGCGCCGUCGUGCUGCAGGCGCAGGGCGGAGGAAGACCAUGCCCAGCUCAGCUCUCCCAGUACAGGCACUGUCCCGUCAAGCCGUGCUACCGCUGGGCUCUGGGAGAGUGGUCUCCGUGCCGCGUGGAGGGUGGACAGUGUGGAGAUGGCUUCCAAGUCCGCAGCCUCACGUGUGUAGUGCAUGAUGCAUCUGUUCCUGUUACCUACAAACCAGUGGAAAAUGCUUUAUGCGGUGAGCUGCCUUCAAAAGAGAGUGUCCUGCAAUUACCCUGUUCUGUGCCUUGCCCAGGUGAUUGUCAUCUGACAGAGUGGUCAGAAUGGAGCUCAUGUGAGCUUAUGUGCAUUGGUGGCAGGAGCUUUGAGACAACAGGUCGCCAGUCUCGAUCAAGGACAUUUAUAGUUCAGGCUUUAGAGCACCAAGAGAGAUGUUCUGGACAAGUCAUGGAAACACGGCCUUGCUCAGGAGGGAAGUGUUACAGCUACCUGUGGAAAACCAGCCUUUGGCGAGAAAAUGAACGCACAGUGUGGUGUCAGCGCUCAGAUGGGACAAAUGUCACAGGAAGAAAUGACUCAAACUGUGAGAUUCCUGCUGUUCUUGUGACCUACAAAGCCUUCCUGUACAUGAUGAAAAGUGAAAUUCAUGGUCAGCGCUUUGAAGCUCCAUGACUUCUUGGCAAAGGAGGGUGUUCUCUUCAGACCAAACCGGCUGAAAUUCAGCACUGCAGUCCAGCAUGCAGGAAACCAUUCUCCUACUGCACACAGAGAGGAGUCUGCGGAUGUGAGCGAGGAUAUACAGAAAUAAUGAGAUCAAAUGGUUUCCUGGAUUACUGCAUGAAGGUACCAGGUUUAGAAGAUAAGAAAGCUGAUGUUAAGACCGUUGCUGGAAAAAAUAAACCUGUCAACUCAAAAAUGCAUGACAUUUUCAAAGGAUGGUCUAUUCAACCUUUUAAUCCAGAUGGUCGACUGAAGAUCUGGGUGUAUGGGGUAUCAGCUGGUGGGUUCCUCCUCCUCAUUUUCAUGAUUUUUACGUCCUACCUUAUGUGCAAAAGAACAAAACAGCAUCAAAGCCCUCCUCCGCAGCAGAAGCCUCUCACCUUAGCCUACGACGGCGACGUUGACAUGUAACAGGAAAAAAUACGUCCAAAUGUAGACAUCUACUGCCUUAACUGCUUUCUUUUUUUGUAAGUCUCAGACUUCUCAGUUUUUUGAGGAAUCUCCUGAUGUGUAAUACACUGGGCAGAACAGAAAGAUUGCAAGCGUAGAAUUUUGCCACUUCUUUAUUAAAAAAGGAAAAAAAAGAAAAAGAGUCAAAGACUUGGAUCCUCUCUAAGUUUUCUGAAGAGACCAGAAAACACAUCUCUUCCUGUUGAGCAAUGGGAAUAAAAAAAAUAAGAAAAUCUCCUGAUAUCGAAAGGCAUUAUUUAAAAAAAAAAAAAGAAAGAAAGAAAAGGAAAAAAGAAAAAAAAGGCAUGACAAUCUUGAGGAAAAUGUGACAUUUAUGUAAAUGACAAGUUUGACACAGCAUCAUUAUGCACUAUAUUAGUGCAGGGCUCUUUAUUCUUCACAUACUUCAACAAUGAGUUUUCUAGUGUUUACAUUUCGUUCAAAAGACUUUAAAACUGGAUCAUGCAUUUUGAGAAGUGCAAAGAAGAGUGAGUUGAAGGGACUGAAAUUUUCUGUUUUUUUAUAGUUUAUUGCUUCUUAUCCUGUUUUCUAGUCUGGAAUAUGAUUUUGUUUCAUUUCCACCUAUAGUACAGAAUAAGGAUUGUUAUGAAAAAACGUAGGUGGUUUCUUAACUGAAAAUAUUUUUUAAAGAGUUGAGUAGAUAGAUGUUUUGAUGAAUGGCUAGAGGACUUGAUUGUUUAAGAAGUAUUUUAAAUUAAAUUGAACCAUGUAGAUACAU